AUGUUAAGAAAGGCAUUGAAUCGUUCAUUGUUAAACUCUAUCAGCAACCGAGUUGGUGGAUUCAAGGUUUCACAACCAUUUUCAAAUUUGAUUUUCAACAAAUCAAUUUCAAAUUUAAAUUUCAAUAAUAAUUAUAGUUUUCAAUUAAAUAGAUAUUCAACUGAAUCGAAUAGCGCAGCAAAGUUGAAUACCAAUUUGGAUGAUGAGAUUCCACCAGAAACCAAUUUGGCUUUGGGAGAGGAUCCAAUCGAGGAGACAGAAAAGGUAGUUGGUAUUGCCGAUAAACAUCAAUUCCAAGCAGAGACACAAAAGCUUUUACACAUUGUCGCUGAAUCAUUGUAUACCGAGCGUGAGGUAUUCAUUCGUGAGUUGGUUUCGAAUGCAUCCGAUGCCAUCGAGAAGGCAAGACACAUGCAACUCACCAAUCAACAGAUUAUGAACGACGACGUUCCAUUCGAGAUUCGUAUCGGUACCGACGAGGACAAGAAAACAUUGAUCAUUCAAGACACUGGUGUCGGUAUGAACAAAGAGGAACUCAUUCGUAACCUCGGUAGAAUCGGUUACUCUGGUUCCGGUGACUUUAUCAAAAAGUUGGGUGAGAAUCCCGAUAAGGCAUCGAUCAUCGGUCAAUUCGGUGUCGGUUUCUACUCUUGUUUCAUGGUUGGACACACCAUCAAGGUAUACUCGAAAUCCGCAGCACCAGGCAGCACCGGAUAUCUCUGGGAGUCGGACGGUUCCGGUUCGUACACCAUCUCUGAGGCCGACGGUGUCUCACGUGGAACCAAGAUUGUCAUUCACUUGAAACCAAACUCCUACGAGUACGCCAAGAAAGCAACAGUUGAAACCGUCAUCAAAAAGUAUAGCAAUUUCGUUGGAUUCCCGAUUGUUUUGAACGGUACCCCCGUCAAUACCAUUCGUCCACUCUGGACUCUCUCGAAAUCGUCGAUCACCGAAGAGGAGCACAAGCAAUUCUAUCAAUUCAUUUCGAAAUCCUACGAUACUCCAACCUAUCGUAUCCAUUUCUCAACUGAUACACCACUCUCGAUUCGUUCGCUCUUUUACAUUCCAUCGCAACACGUCGAAAAGUACGGAAUGGGAAGAAUGGAGCCGGGUGUCGCUCUCUUCUCGAGAAAAGUUAUGAUUCAACAAAAGGCAAAGGGAUUACUGCCAGAGUGGAUGAGAUUCGUACGUGGUGUUGUCGACAGUGAGGAUAUUCCACUGAAUUUGUCACGUGAGCAUCUCCAAGACAACGGCCUCAUUCAACGUAUUAGCGCAGUGCUCGUCAAGCGUAUUCUCAAACACCUCCAAGACGAAUCGAAACGUGAUCCAUCGCGUUUCGAAACAUUCAUGAACGAGUUUGGUGGAUUCUUCAAGGAGGGUGUCAUCACUGACUUCAAGUGGAAAGACGAAAUCUCAAAGCUUCUCCGUUUCGAAUCGACCGCCGAGUUGCCACCAACCGAAGACUUGAAACCACGUACCACCACCACUCUCGAAGAGUACGUCAGCCGUAUGAAGCCAGAACAAACUCACAUCUACUACAUCACCGUGCCAAGCAAGUCGGUCGCUCUCACCAGUCCAUACUAUGAACCAUUCAAAGCCAAGGGUAUCGAGGUGUUCAUGCUCUACAACACUCUCGAUGACUUUGUAUUCUCAAACAUCGGACAUUUCGGUGACAAGAAGAUCGUUUCCGUCGAAUCAAAGGAAGCCGAGGAAUUCUUGGCUGCCAACCAAGAGAAACAAACCGACACUUUGGAUCAAGCGGAGGUUUCAGCAUUCCUCCAGUGGGUAUCGGAUGCCGUCGGUAACAAGAUUGCAAUGGCCAAGACAACCAGUCGUGCUAUUUCACAACCAGCGAUCGUCGUCGAUCAUGAAUCUGCUACCUUCCGUCGUAUGAUGAAGAUGAUGGAUCCAAGCAAACAACACGAUAUUCCAAAACAACAAGUCGAAUUCAACAUGAACCAUCCAAUCAUUCUUAAACUCAAUCAAGCUCGUCAAAGCAACCCAACAGUCGCCAAGUUGGCAGCUGAACAAAUUGUUGAUAAUGCUUUAAUUACCGCUGGUCUAUACGAAGAUUCAAGAGAAAUGGUACCACGUUUGAACCAAUUGUUGGAGCAAGUUUUAAAUAAAUAA